UCUGUCCCUCGCUGAUCCGUCACUGGAACCAAUCCGCUCACUUCUACCUGGACAGGUACCGGCUGGGUGACGGGAAACGGUCUCUUUUGUGGCGUGUCGCUGAUCCUCUGCAGCCAUGUGUGACCAGACGUUCAUGGCGGCCACCUUCGGCCCGUGUGACAGCUGCAGCAAGGCCAGUCCGCUGAUGAACAUCUACAUCAAGAGUGAGGCCAUCAACUACUGCUCCUUCUGCGUGGAAAUGAUGGCGUGCCAGGGACUCCAGAAAGGGGAGACCCUGGCAUCACUGAAGAAGGAGAGCGAGAACCUGAAGAAGAAGCUGGAGGAGGAGCGUGGCAAGCUGAACGAUGUGGAGCUACAUCAGGUGGCUGAGAAGGUUGAGGCGGUGGCUGCUCUCUCCUUGAAGACCAGGCGCGUCCUGAAAGGCCACGGCAACAAGGUUCUGUGUAUGGACUGGUGUAAGGACAAACGUCGCCUGGUCAGCUCUUCACAGGAUGGAAAAGUGAUUGUCUGGGAUGCGUUUACUCUUAAUAAGGAGCAUGGGAUAACCCUGCCAUGUACGUGGGUGAUGGCAUGUGCGUAUGCUCCCUCUGGUUGUGCUGUGGCAUGCGGGGGCUUGGAUAACAAAUGCUCAGUGGUCCCGCUGUCGCUGGACAGAACUGAGAACCUGGCAGCAAAGAAGAAGUCGGUCGCCAUGCAUACCAACUAUGUAUCAGGAUGCUCCUUCACCAACUCGGACAUGCAGCUGCUGACCUCCAGCGGGGAUGGAACAUGUGCAUUGUGGGACGUGGAGAGUGGGCAGCUGCUACAGAGCUUCCAUGGUCACACGGCGGACGUCUUGUCGCUGGACCUCGCUCCGUCCGAGACCGGAAACACGUUUGUGUCCGGGGGCUGCGAUAUGAAGGCCAACGUGUGGGACAUGCGCUCAGGACAGAACAUUCAGUCUUUUGAAAGCCACGAGUCGGAUAUCAACUGUGUGAAGUACUACCCCAGUGGAGACGCAUUUGCAUCUGCGUCAGAUGAUGCCACGUGCCGUUUCUAUGACCUGCGGGCGGAUCGCGAAGUCGCCGUCUACCAGAAGGACAGCAUCAUAUUUGGCGCCUCCUCUGUGGAUUUCUCUCUGAGUGGCCGCCUGUUGUUCUCUGGGUACAACGACUACACCAUAAACAUUUGGGACGUUUUGAAGGGGACUCGUGUCUCCAUCCUGUUUGGCCAUGAAAACCGCAUCAGCAGAGUCCGAGUGUCGCCUGAUGGCACGGCGCUUUGCUCGGCCUCCUGGGACAACAGCCUACGGAUUUGGGCCUAGCGUCGUCCCAGUGGUUCAGUCCAAGUAAACAACACGAAGAUUAGCUCUCCUGCCAGAUAUCAGUCACUCUUGCUCGAGCAUGUCGAUCCAAAACUUCAGCUUCACGAUGAAGUUCAACCGCUUCCAGAUAUGAUGCUGCAUCAGUUCCUUGUUAACACACAAAUCUAAACAGCUUGUUAGCUUCUGCCUGGUAAAUGUACUCAGACCCCUUGAAUUUUUUCUGAUUUUGUCAAGUUACAACCACGGCUUUUCCAUGAAUUAUAUUGGACUUUUAGGUGACAGACCAGUUUUAAAGACCUCAGCAUGCUGCUUCCACCACCAUGUUUCACUGUGGUCAUGGUGUUUUGGGGGCUUAUCUGCAGUGUCGCACAAUGUUUCACAUGUGGGUGGAAAAGUUCAUGAGGGCACCCAGCAGGUGGACUUGCUGUGAAUUAGGCGAGCUCUGACACAAAAGGAUUUUAUAUAGAGGUAUCGUAUUACUGGGGGCUGAAUACAUAUGCAAGGCACAUUUUUCAGACUUUUCACCAAACAAUGUCUCCUACACUUCUAUACUUAUUUAAAUUAAAUUCAAGUUUGUGAUUGUAAUGUGACGAAAGGUGAAAAGAUUGACAUUUUUACAAAGCGCCGUCUCCAACAGAACUCCUUUUGAAGGAUUUCAUCACAUAUAGAGAUAUUUACUAAUAAAUCUGUUGGCCUACUGGUAAUAAAAUUGACCAUAGAAAUCAGAUUGAACAACAAAAAAGACAAUGGAA